GGAGGCGGCAGCGGCGCAGCGGGCAUCUGGUGCAGCCGGGACGGAUGGAGACGGCAGGAGGGGCCGCCCCCCCGGAGCUGACCCAGGAAGCCCCCAAACUGGAGGGCCAGACCCCCAUCACCCUCUCCAUGCACGGGCUGGUAGAAGAGCCCCAAAGCUGUCCGGCGGAGGAGGAAGGAGGGACCCCAAUCCCCACCUCAGGGCUGCUGCAGGUUGCCGAGCGCCGGCAACCCCUGAGCAGCGUUUCGUCUCUCGAGGUGCAUUUCGACCUGCUGGACCUCACGGAGCUGACGGACAUGUCUGACCAAGAGCUGGCAGAGGUCUUUGCCGAUUCCGAUGAGGAGAAUGUAGCCAGAGAACCCACUGCUGGACUGCAUCCCCACUCGACCCCCCGAGCUGGCUACCUCCGCUCGCCCUCCUGGACGAGGACAAAGGCUGAACCGGGGCACGAGAAGAAGCACCUCGGCGAUCCUGAGCUCCAAGCAGGCCCUUUCCUGCCUGUGGAAAAGCCAAAGGAGGAGUAG